CUUGAAAGUCUUGACAUGAUCUUCCCUUGUCUUAAAUCAACCAUUUUUUCCAAUGGGUAAAUUGAGAUUGAGCGCUGAAGUGGAAAAAAGUUUUUCCAUUUACUUGCAUGUGCAUAUAUGUGGUGUCUGUAUACACAGGAACCUUUUCACACCUGGCAGUCAGUGUCUGACUCGAGCAUCUGCUAGAGUUCAACAUUUGAAACAUCUCAGAUGUCACACAACUCUUCCUGAUCCGCCACCCUCCCCUGAGGCCCCUGUUGACACAGGACCCCCACCUCUUAGGCAGUUACAUUUAGGGAGGCAGGUUCAUUCUAUUCUUGAAGCUAUCUCCAGUUGGAAGAGUUGCAGGAGUGCCAAAUGGAGGUGUACAGAAAGAAGGGCACACUUGCCAUUGUAGGACUUGCUGCAUUGUAGUUCUUGAACUAUUAAGAAGGACAGGUUAUUCAUCUUCUAAGGUAUUGGUUUCUAUUGCAUAUUUAUGGAUUAAUGAGAGAAUUGUAUAUGUAAUUCUUUGAAGUAUUUAAAUCAAUUUCUGGACAUCAGCAGGAGUGAAAUCUUUGCGUUACACUAGCUUCCCACUGGUUGGCAUUAAUUUUUGCUGCCACAAUGACUUCUGUGGAAACUAGUCCUGGAUUUGAUUUAAUCCAAGGUAGGAUUGAAUCUCUAAGUAGCAAAAUGGACACACUCAUUAGCAUCCAGGAGAAAGUCCUCAGCCGCCUGGACAGCAUGUCUGAAGAACUUGUUGGGAUAGAACGAGACAUGGAAAUUCUGAAAGUAGACAAGGAGGAGGUGCCUCCAACAAGCCGCACUAAGGAACCAGCCCAAGGUGUUGGCGGCGAGAUGAAAGAAAUGUGCCAAGAAAUGAACAGCAUAAUGUCAGCCGUAAACAAGCGCACCGAACAGCAGACCCAGAAACUGGAAGGCAUGGAGAGGCUUGUGAUGAGCAUCCAGCAGGUUGUCAGUUUGAUUGGGGAAACUGUAAAGACUUCCAAAAUCACGGAACUCAUGUUCAAGGGGCCAGCAGCACGCAAGAGCAAAGCAACUUUAGCCUUAGGGUGCAAGAACCAGGAUAGCAAACAUGGUGUUAAGAGACAGGCCUCAGGUGAACCUGUACCAGGCAAGUUAAAGGAUCACAAGUUUAAAGAUGGGAAGGAUAAGGGUCGCCUGAGCUUUAAGGGGCUGAAGGCACAGAAGAAAAAGAAGCCCCCAGACACCACAGAUGCUGUGUUUGUGAGAAAGCAGGCUCUGCUCCUGGAGGAAGUUCAAAAGCUUAACAGAGAGAAUGCUGAGUGCUCUGUAUCAUCCACAAGGUCAGAGGCUGAGGAGCCUUUAAGCCAGAACCUUCUGGAUUUCAUUUUGGAUCAAGCAAAAGUUCCUGCGGUUGAACACGAGGAGCAUUUACCAGAGAGCCAGGAGAGUGGCACAAAGUUAAAAGAAGUAGAGGAGAAAGCGGAGGAGGAGAACACCGAAGAUAUCCAGGAUGAAGAAGACGAAAUGGGUGACAAAUCCAAAGAGGAUACAAAAGAGCUGCUUAAGGAAGGAAGCAAAGAGGAAGAGUCUGUCAUGGUUGAUGUUAUCGAGGCUGAGAAUGCUGUUACACCACAAAGCUCUGAACCAGAACCUGAACCAUCGCAUGAAGUCACCAUAAGCAGUGAGCAAUGUGUGUCAGAAACAAGCUGUGAACUGCAGGCCUGUACAGAACUCAGAGAAGAAGCCAACGAAAACCUGACGCAUCUUCCAAAAGAUCUGUGUGGCAUUUUCAAAGCGGAUGGGAUCGAAAUACAUUUAGAUUUCAGCAAAAUGAAGAAAACAGAAGAGAAAGAGAUAGAUGAAGACGAAGGCGAGCAGUUCUUCAUCGACUGCACCCCUCCUCCUCCAGCUCCCUUCAGCCACCGUGUGGUUUCGGCUAAACCCAACCAAAUCAGCAACUUCUACACCAUCAACCACCAGGAGAUCAUCGGAGGAGGUCGUUUUGGCCAGGUGCACAAAUGUAUCGAAAAUUCUUCUGGACUCACUCUGGCUGCCAAGAUCAUUAAAGCACGGAGUCAGAAGGAAAAGGAGGUGGUGAAAAAUGAGAUUCAGGUUAUGAACCAUUUGGACCAUGCCAAUUUAAUCCAGCUCUACGCCGCCUACGAAUCCAGGAACGACAUUAUCCUAGUCCUUGAAUUUGUGAAUGGUGGUGAGCUCUUUGACAGGAUUAUCGAUGAGAACUACACGCUGACUGAGCUGGACACGAUCAUGUUUGUCAGACAGAUUUGUGAGGGCCUGCGCUAUAUGCACAAAAUGUAUAUCCUCCAUCUAGACCUGAAGCCUGAGAAUAUCCUGUGUGUUAGCAGACUGACAAACAAAGUCAAGAUCAUCGACUUUGGACUCGCAAGAAAAUACGUACCCCGGGAGAAGUUACGGGUGAAUUUUGGCACUCCUGAGUUUCUCGCCCCAGAGGUUGUCAACUACGACUUUGUGUCUUUCAACACGGACAUGUGGAGCCUCGGAGUCAUCACCUACAUGCUCCUGAGUGGUUUGUCUCCGUUUCUUGGUGAUGAUGAUAACGAGACACUGAACAACAUCCUGGCCUGCCAGUGGAACUUUGAGGAAAGCGAGUUCUUAGGCAUUUCAGAAGAAGCCAAGGACUUUAUCUCCAAACUGCUUGUCUACAAUAAAAGUUGGAGGAUAGGUGCAGGAGAAGCUCUGAAGCAUCCAUGGCUUUCAGACCCAAUGCUCCAUCAUUAUCUCCACAAAAAGAAAAAUAUGUGUCAGUCCCGUAGAAAUUCAUGUGUUCCUCCACCCGAGAGCUAAUAUCUGGCUUUGAAACUGCCAGCUAAGGCCAUCUGGACCAAGCCUGCUGUGCUUUUAAUUACUAGACAUUACUUGUAAAACUACCUACCUUAUGCUGUUUGGGUUAUUUGUGCCAGAAAGUUGUGCCACUCUGGUAACUGCAGUCACAAUAGUAUAUAGUGUAGCAUCAUAACCUAGUUUUUCCGUAAAUGCCACAAAAAAAUAAAUUGAUUAUUUGGUUUAAUGAGGAAAAAUAUCAUACUUAUUUAGCUUUGAUGUUUUUUUCCCCCACUUUCUGCAUUUGUGAAAAAGAUUUAUUACGUUCCCUGGUGGUCUAGUGGUUAGG